GCGCGAUCCAAACACGCCAGCAGCGUCUCCUUCUCCCACCCCCGUCACCCCGACUCUCUUUGCUACGCCUGCCACGUCGCUUGCUGGCUUGGGCGCGACUGUUCUUUCGCUCUUUUUCUGUCCUGCGGGACUUUUCCUUUUCGCCUUCACACAAUGGACGACUCGCUCCUCGAAUCCGACUUCGACGACGGCGCCAGCUCUGACUUCGCCCCGCCUGCCAAACCCGCGAAGGCGAUCAAAGCGAAGCCUGCAGCACCCAAGAAGGCUGCUGCUCCCGCAAAGGCCCGAGGUCGACCGCCGAAGGACCCCUCCGCACCACCCAAAGCCAAAGCACCCGCGAAGGCGAAGGCAGCACCCAAGAAGAAGCGCAAAGAUGACUCAGAUGACGAGAACUCGGACAUAGAUAUGCACGACGAUGUUGUUGACGACGAUGAUGACUCACUGCUCGCCGACACACCCCCGAAACAGAAGAAGGCUCCAGCAGCGAAGAAAUCGAGCGGCAAACCCCUGGCGAGCAUUGCCAACGAGAGCUUUGACAUGAUGGACGGCAUAGACGAUUCGGCGCCGAGUGGCAAGGCGAAAGCCGGCGGUGCGAGCAGCAAAUACCAGAUGCUUACCCACCUGGAACACAUCAUGAAGCGGCCUGACACGUACAUUGGCUCUGUCGAGCGCACCUCGGACAAGAUGUGGGUGUACAAUUCCUCUACAGAGGCCAUGGAGUUCCGCGAGGUUUCCUACGUUCCCGGUCUAUACAAAAUCUUCGACGAGAUCCUCGUAAAUGCGGCCGACAACAAGCAGAAUGACAAGAACAUGAGCGAGAUCCGAGUGACGUUGGACCGCGAGACCGGCGAGAUCUCCGUGAAGAACGAUGGCAAGGGUAUCCCUAUCGAGAUCCAUAAGGAACACGGCAUUUAUGUACCUGAGAUGAUCUUCGGUCACCUCCUUACUUCUUCGAACUAUGACGACAAUCAGGCCAAGGUUACGGGUGGUCGCAACGGUUACGGUGCGAAGCUUUGCAACGUCUUCAGUAAAGAGUUCACCCUGGAGACAGUCGACUCGAAACAGAAGAAGAAAUACCGACAGACGUGGACGGAGAACAUGAGCAAGAUGGGCAAAGCCAAGAUCACCGACAUCAAGACCGAUGACUACACCAAGGUAUCAUACAAAGCCGAUUACGAGAAGUUCGGCAUGUCAGGGAUCGACGACGACUUCGAAGCUCUUGUCAAGCGCCGGACGUACGACAUGGCUGGUACUCUUCGCGGCAUCAAGGUGUACCUCAACGGUGAUCGCGUCAAAGUUGCCAGCUUUUCCAAGUACAUGGAGAUGUAUACCAAAGCCAUCCGACUUGAACAAGGCAAAUCCGAAGAGGACAAGGACAUUAUCAUCACUGACCGCCAUGAUCGCUGGGACAUCGGUUUCGCUGUAUCGGAUGGAGCCUUCAACCAGGUGUCUUUUGUGAACUCGAUCGCCACGACGUCCGGUGGUACGCACGUCAACUACAUCGCCGACCAAAUUGUCGAAAAACUGCUUGCAAUCGUCAACAAGAAGAAUAAAGGUGGCGUCAAGCUCAAGCCAGCUCAGAUCAAAAACCACAUAUUUCUCUUCGUUAAUUGUUCGAUUGUGAACCCCGCCUUCACGUCGCAGACGAAAGAGCAGCUGACGACCAAGGCGAGCCAGUUCGGCAGCAAACCCGUCUUGAGUGAUAAAUUUAUGAAGGCAAUCGAGAAGACCGAGGUCAUUCAGAACAUCAUGCAUUUUGCUGCGCAAAAGGCCGACCAACUACUCAAGAAGACGGAUGGCAACAAGCGGAGUCGAAUGAGCAACGCUAAGCUCACCGAUGCGAACAAGGCAGGCACUAAGGAUGGUUAUAGGUGCACUCUCAUCUUGACCGAAGGUGAUUCUGCAGCUCUCCUCGCCUUGGCCGGGCGUGCAGUGGUCGACCCCGACUAUUUCGGUGUUUUCCCUCUCCGUGGUAAACUUCUCAAUGUCCGCGACGCUUCCAUCGAUCAGAUCUCCAAAAACCAGGAGAUUCAAAAUAUCAAGAAGUUCAUCGGCCUUCAACACAAGAAAGAAUACACCGACACGAGGGGCCUCCGAUAUGGUCACAUCAUGAUCAUGACGGAUCAGGAUCACGAUGGUAGUCAUAUCAAGGGGUUAUUGAUCAAUUUCCUGCAGUGCCAAUUUCCUAGCUUGCUGAAGAUCCCGAGCUUCCUAAUGGAGUUCAUCACUCCUAUCGUCAAGGUGUGGAAGGGUGACCCGAAGCAUCCUCGACAGCUGAAGAGCUUCUUCUCCAUGCCGGAAUACGAGGAGUGGAAAGAACAGCAUAGGAACGAGAAGGGUUGGGAUCAUAAGUACUACAAGGGACUAGGCACCAGCGGUCCGGAUGAUGCACAGAUUUAUUUCCGAGAUCUCGACACUCACAUGAAGGCCUUCCACACCAUGCGAGCGCAAGAAGAGGAGCUUAUUGAGCUCGCCUUCUCCAAGAAGAAAGCUGACGCCCGUAAGGAGUGGCUGCGCGAUUUUGUACCUGGCAAUCAUUUGGAUUUGACGACGAAAGAGAUAACUUACGACGACUUCGUCAACAAAGAACUGAUAUUGUUCAGUAUGGCUGAUAACCUACGCUCAAUCCCUUCGAUUAUCGACGGGUUCAAGCCUGGUCAGCGUAAAGUCCUCUACACGUGUUUUCGCCGCAACCUCAAGAAGGAUGUCAAAGUAGUCGAUCUCGCUGGUUCCGUUUCUGGUACUACGGAUUAUGCCUAUGGUGAGGCCUCCAUGCAAGGAACCAUUGUUGGUCUUGCUCAGAACUUCGUGGGCUCGAAUAACAUCAACUGCUUGGAACCUAGUGGGAAUUUUGGAUCACGACUUCAGGGCGGCAAGGAUGCUGCCUCCGCCAGGUACAUCUAUACCCGUCUCUCCCCCUUUGCUCGCCGAAUUUUCCAUCCCCAAGACGAUGCACUUCUCAAGUAUGGUGAAUCGGAUGGGAACAAGAUCGAGCCAGAGAUGUACGUGCCCAUCUUGCCCAUGGUACUUGUGAAUGGCUCGGACGGUAUCGGAACUGGCUGGAGUUCCACCAUUCCCAACUAUAACCCUCUCGAGAUCGUGGAAAAUCUAAGGAUCCGCAUGCGGGACGGUGCCUCGAAAGAGGACAUGCAGCCGAUGGCUCCCUGGUUCCGCGGAUUCACCGGACAGACCGAAGAGCUACCCAACGAUCGUUACAAAUUCACUGGCAUCAUUCGAGAGACUGGCGAAAAUGAGCUUGAGAUCACAGAAUUGCCGGUGCGUUACUGGUCGCAAGACUUCAAAGAGAAACUGGAGGACAUUAUCAAGGCAGAGAAGGUGCCGUCAAUCAUCAAGGAUUAUGUCGACUACAACACACCGGACAAGGUUCACUUCAUCAUAAAGAUGGAAGACAAGCACAUGCAGGCCGCCCGAGCCAAAGGUUUCGAGGAUACUUUCAAGCUCUCAUCUACCAUGGCUACCACCAACUUGGUUGCCUUCGAUUCGCAAGGUCGCAUUCACAAGUAUGCCACCGUCCUUGACAUCAUGGAGGAGUUCUACCAUAUCCGUCUGAAGUAUUAUGAGAAGCGCAAAGCCCAUCAACUCGAGCAGUUGCACAAGGAGCUCGCGAAAAUGACCAACCAAGCUCGCUUCAUUCAAAUGAUCAUAGACGGCAAGCUUGUCGUGUCGAAGAAGAAGAAGGCUGUCCUAGUCGACGAGCUGAGGAAACUCGGCUUCACGCCCUUCCCCAAGGUUGCAGAUGCCAAGACAGCUGGGGAGCAAGAAGAAGCGCAGGAGGAUGAUGAAGAAAGUGAUCGCGAUGCUGGUGGCGCGGGCGACUACGACUACCUUCUUGGUAUGGCUAUUUGGUCUCUUACGCAGGAACGUGUCGAGAAGCUCCAGAGGCAGAUCGGAGACAAGGAGUUGGAGAUCGACGCUCUCCAGAAGCUGACGCCCAGGGAUCUGUGGACGCGAGACCUUGAUGAUUUUGUGGAGGAGUGGAACCUUCAGCUUGACGACGAAGCUAAGCGCAAGAAGAAGAUUGCGGGCAUGAGCCGUCGCGUAUCUAACAAGCUCGGGGGAGUUGGCGCCGCCAAAGGUGGCAAGCGUAAGAAGAAGAGGGCAGGAUCUGACUCUGAUUCCGACGAGUUCUCCGACUACGGCCCUGCUAAGAAGAAGGCCAAACCCAAGACCGGCGGUCUACUUAGUUAUCUUAAGAAGGAGCCUGAUGAGCCCAAGCAGCCGGAGGUUCCGAAGCCCGCCGCGAAGCCCGUCGCCACAAAGCAGAGUGGUAUGCUGUCCUAUCUUAAGAAGAGCCCGCCUGUGGAAGAGGCAGACGCCAUGGACUUGGACCAUCCGGCACCGGCAGCUUCUGCAACCACUGCUGCUGCUGCUUCGAAACGUGGCCGCCCGGUUAGUACAAAGAACGCCAAGAAGCCAACGCCUGUGCCGGUCGACUCAGAAUCGGACUCUGAUGUCUUCGCUGCUGUCGCUAAGGAGGUGACCAAAAAGAAGCCUGCCGAGACGACGAUUACCAAGGGUCGGAUUGCCCGAGGUGCCGCGAAGAAGGCUACCAGUUACGCAGUAGACAAGGACAGCGACAGCGAUGGCUUGAGCGACGACGACUUCGACGUCAGCAUGAUGGUGAAGACUAUCGGCGCGAGUGGAAAUGAUCGUCCGCUCUUCUCGGCUCCCGCCGCUCGCGCAAGCAGUGCUACAGGCACCGGGUCGAAGCCCAACGGCCGUGCCACUGCACAAAAGCCAGCAGUCUUUAUCGACGAUGACGAUAUGGAUGAGACAAAUUACGAGGCGCUUGCCCAAGGUUCUCCAGAGAAACGUAAUAUGGAUGCAGGCAUGGAUUCUGAUAUCUCGGACGAUGACCUGCUUCUUAGCGUCAAGAAAAAGGCACCUAUCAAGGCUAUUCCCAAAGCCAAGGCUGCGCCGAAGCCCAAAGCUGCUGCCGCAUCCACUGUGGUAGCUAAAAAGACGACGCAGCUAAGCCCUGCUGCAAAGGCCUACGCCGCCCGCUUGGGCAAGACCAAAGACUUGGCCUCUAAGGCUUCUAAAAAGCCCAUCACUAUCGAUUCUGACGAUGACGAGGAUGAGCUGAUGGAUGACGAUGCCGACAAGCUAGCCAACGACAUCCUGUCCGACGACGAGGACGACGUACCAGUCGCAAAGUCCAUGCGUGCCGCAGCACGCCCUGGUCGUAGAGCAGCAGCUAAGCCCGCGAAGUACGUGGUUAGCGACGAUGAGGAUGAAGAUGACGAGCCUAGCGAGGCGAGUUUCGACGAUGACAGCGAGUAGUUGCGCGUUCGGUGCUGCGGUUGGCGUUUAAGGGACGGAGAUACCCGGGCUUGGUGCUGGGCGUUUGGAAUCGGACGGCUGUGAUUACAAGGGGUUCUUAAUAGGAGCGUUUCAACGUCACGUCAUGGGACUGGGUUUUCAAUGGUGGUUUUGGACAUGACGUGCGCGCGAUGAGCGUGCGCGUGGGUCUCGCGGUCCUUGCGAGUAUACCUUUCCGCGGAU